UCCUCGCUGACGCUGACCCUCUUUCCUCCUCAUUCGGCGGUGUGCUGUUGUUGAGACCUCUCAAUCGUCAAAAUGGGUUUUGGUGACCUGAAGUCAGCCUCUGGCCUCAAAGUGCUCAACGACUUUCUGGCGGACCGCAGCUACAUUGAGGGGUAUGUCCCGUCACAGGCAGAUGUGGCUGUGUUCGAGGCCAUUUCCUCUCCUCCCUCUGGUGACAUGUGCCAUGCCCUCCGCUGGUACAACCACAUCAAGUCCUAUCAGAGUGAGAAGAGUAGUCUUCCAGGAGUGAAGAAAGCCCUUGGUCAGUAUGGUCCAGCAGGUGUUGCCGAUGACACCAAAAGUCCUGCGCCUGCUGCCUCAAAGGAUGACGACGAUGACGACUUCGACCUUUUCGGAUCAGACGAGGAGGAUGAAGAGUCUGAGAGGCUGAAGGAAGAGCGCCUUGCAGCGUAUGCCGCCAAAAAAGCAAAGAAGCCAGCACUCAUCGCUAAAUCAAGCAUUCUAUUGGAUGUGAAGCCUUGGGAUGAUGAGACGGACAUGGCAAAGCUGGAGGAGUGUGUGCGCAGCAUCCAGAUGGACGGUCUGCUCUGGGGACAAUCUAAACUCGUUCCUGUCGGUUAUGGAAUCAAGAAGCUUCAGAUCAACUGCGUUGUAGAAGAUGACAAGGUGGGCACAGACAUCCUUGAAGAGAAGAUUGUUGAGUUUGAAGAGUAUGUUCAGUCCAUGGAUGUUGCUGCUUUCAACAAAAUUUGAAACAAUAAAAUUUGAGGCAAACCUG